AUGGCUUCCAGUUAUUCCGAGCAGGGUUGCGAGAACUCUUACUCACUUCCACCCAGAUCCCGAGCAGGAAGCCGCGUAUCAGCCACCACUGCUCAGUUCGCAAGCAUACAGCUCGUCGAUUCCCCCAGAACCUUGCCGGUAGAGUCCAGCCCCUCCAUCAGGUCCGAGGCUCUCCAUUCCUCCGGCUAUAUCAGUCCCAACCCGCCCAGCUCGGCCACCUUCCUCUCAACCAACUCUAGCUCCCAAGGAUACUCGCCUUUCCCCCUCCUGCCUCCCGAGAUCUUGAAUGCAGAGUGGAACGACAGCAACGAGGUACACCACCAACAGCACGCUUCCAACUCGACGCCUCUAGUCAGAGUAGACCCGGCCCAGGACACCUACUCUCACCACCACCCAUCCUCAUCGCCGCCACUACCACACGGAGCAAGCAUGAGCACUGUUGCUAUCCCAUUCGACCCCACGUUCACCAUGGGAAGCCGAUCAACAUUCACCUGGCCUGGCCUCGAACACAGCGGCGAAUCAAGCGGGACGCUUCUCGGCCACAACCUCGCAUCUCUCGGCUCCUCAGACGCCAGCCUCACACCACCCAGCGGAUCGAGAUCAGUGACGGCCAGCCCGCCAAGGGGGGUCAUGACGCCGGAGCAGCGGGAACUCAAGAAGCAGAGGGACCAGGCGCGCCGGGACUCAAAGACCUCUCAACGGGUAAGGAGAGCCGGCAGCAACAGCUACAUCCACUCGCCACCGCUCUCGAUGCCCGACGUCUCCAGCACGAUGGGCGUUCCCGUCUACACCACCGCGCCUGCCCCGAUCUCGCUCCUCGCCGAGCCGACGACCACCAUGGGAAGCUCGUCAUACCUCCCUUCGUACAGCCCGCCGCUGUCAGACCACGGCUACCAGAGCGGGUACCCCCCGAUGGCGCCGGCCUACAGCAUGGGCGGCAUGGACUACUCCAACCAGUUCCAACCACCAGCACAGUACGGGUACGUGAGCAGCGAACCGAGAAGUGGUGGCCGAGGCCACUACUUUUGGCAGCAGCAGCAGCAGGGCAGGAAAGCUGACACACCGCCUCUUAGCAGCCGCCCUCCACUGUCAGUCAGCCAGGACCCGAUGAUGUACGGCGUGCCGCCCUCGAUGGCGCCCGGAGCCGGAGCGGACCAGGGAGGGCACGUGAGGGUGGUGCAGAGCCGGCCCAAGCCCCAAUGUUGGGAGCACGGCUGCAACGGCCGCCAGUUCUCGACCUUUAGCAACCUCCUCAGACACCAACGUGAGAAAUCAGGCCAAGCAGCCAAGGCGACCUGCCCCAACUGUGGAGCCGAGUUCACGAGAACAACGGCGCGGAACGGCCACCUCCUCCACGACAAGUGCAAGCAGCGCCGCAACACAUAG